AGGCACUGUUUGUCCUUGCAGGUCCAGAGAAUGAGCCCGAUGCCAACAACAUUUUUGGGCAGUGCCCUCCGGGGCACUUUCUUCUUCGCCUUUGGCCUGUGGUGGUCGGUGAGGUACCCCCUGAAGUACCUCAGGAGGAAAGGGGGUGCUGAGGGCCAGCCGGGCCGUGGGCACACGGAGGUCUUCGAAGGCGCGGUCAAAGCUUUCUUUGCUCUAGUAGGGAUACUGGUGGAGCAGUUUGUCCCCACUGGUCCCCACCUGCAGCUGUACAGCCCCAAGACGCACAGCUGGACUGACCUCACCCACUGGCACUACUCCACCAUCUACCUCUUCUUCCUCCUCUCCGGCAUCACAGACAUGGUCUCACACUCCCCACUCAAGCUACCCCCUGGCUUAGACCGGCUCUCGCUGUCCCUGGCUCUGCUUGUGGAAGGUUUGCUCUUCUGUUUCCGUGACUACAGCGAUGCUGUGCUGGACCAGCACCUCCACUCCCUGCUGGCUGUGGCUAUCUUUGCCGGAGCCCUCUGUGCCUUGCUAGAGGUGUUCCACCGAGACCAUAUCAUCCUGGAGACAUUCAGGACCAGCUCCUUCCUUCUCCAGGGCUCUUGGCUUUGGCAGAUUGGGUUUGUGUUGUCCCCUCCGUGGGGAGGACCAGGUUGGGACCAGACCGACUCCAGCAACCUCUUGUUCCUCACCAUGUGCUUCUGCUGGCACUACUUGGGUGCUCUCGCCACUGUGGCUGCCAAUGCUGCUGCAUCCCGCUGCUGCAAUGAGUCCUGCCAGCUGAAAUUUGGGGACAUCGACGUGGAGUUGGACUGUGGCUUGUGCCUCCACAGAGGGAAGAAGAGCUCCGGUGGCACCUUGCUGCCAGAGAGCAGCUUGGAUGACAAAUGAGGCUGUGGUGGGCAUGGAAAUCUCUUCCCUGAUGGUUUAGAGCUCUUGAGAUGAGGUUUUUAAUUAGUCUUGAUAAAUUACAGCAGCACUUGACAGUGGAGCAUCAGAAGUAGGAGGCAGGACCCUGAGGCAGAGCAUGACAGGAGAUGCCAAAUCUUUCCUUGUGCAUCCCUUUAGUAGCCAUGAGUUCCUAAUUCUCUGAGCUGCAGCUCAGGCUGCAGACUGCAGGACUAGUUUGCUGUUGGAGUCCAACUGGAGUGGCAAAUCAGACUAUUUUUCUAACAUUUCCCUUCUGCUUCCUCAGAAGGGAGCCAAGCCAGCGUUCAAAGCUCCUGGUGGCUGUCGUUCACUCUGGUGUUAACCCUCACUCUGGAGGGGCUUUUGUACUAAGCUGAAUGUACAGACUAUCUGUGAU